AUGCUUUCAAGCUAUUCUAGUAUAUUGUAUUUACACGAUAGAGGAUACUCUGGGUCACUGCCUACCUGGCUGCCCUCACUAUCGGGCGCAUCGCUUCACGACGACGCUCUAGAGGACCGGAGGCACCCUACCGCUACCCCAUCCCUUAUAUACGACAUCACAGUCAGAUAUACGUUGCAACUUGUCACCCUUGCGUUGACUCUGGUGCUGGGCAUCGCGCUUGCCGUGGGCCCCGUCACGCGGCGCGCGCUCUCGCGAACCCCAGUAAGCAACAGCACCUGCAGAAACUCCGACCACAGUGCUUCAUCUCAUCGCGUGGAUGCUCGGGGGCUUAAAUCCGCCGUACGGGUUUUGAGCCGCGGCUCCUUCUCGGCGCUUCGUCGCAUGUACGACAGCAUGAUGAGCCUUGCAGGCAUGUUUGGGAGCAUGGGCCGUAACAACCAGGAUCGCGUCCAGCGGCAGCAACAAGAGGCGCUUCUCACGAAGAACAGAGAAAAGCUCCAGGGUUUUCAUGACAUUGCGCGGGAGGCAAUAGACCGCGCCUACAACGUGGACCUGGAAGGCCGGUACGACGCUGCCGUACGGUUGUACAACACCGCUUUGGAGGCUGCUAAGGAGGGCCUCGCUCUCCAAGUAGCUCCCAGUAACGGUCUGGGGCCCAAGGCGGAUAACGUGGCCACCUGGCGCAUCGAGCUUGAGGACUGGAAACAUCGGCUAGAGGGAAGGCUGAAGGCUAUCCAAUCGGGCAACCUUUCGUCGCCAUCGGCGCCGCCCGUACGGCCGGUGCCGUUUGCCGCCGCCGCUGCCGCCGCAAGCAAGCGCCCGCACGGCGCCGCCGCCGCAGCGGCGCCGUCACCUCAGCCGACUGGCCGUGCCGCGUCUGGGCGACCGGCUUUCGGAGCACCAACAGCACCGCGACCUUCCUCCGCGGGCCGUAUCCAAACCCGUAUCGCCGCUGCCGCUGCCGGCGGCAGCGGCACCAAAUCC